AUGAAAUGUGAGGUCUAUCGGCAGCUAAAGUCCUUAAUAUUUAUAAAUUUGAGACCUCAUUUUGCACAUAAUAGCUUAGUCAUUGAAAAAUGUAAUCACAAUAUGGAAGGCAGCAAGAAAAAAAAGACCGCAAUUCUUUAUGCUUACAAUGGCUCUCAAUUCAAUGGUAGCCAAGUUCAAAACCGUCACGAAGGAACAAGAACAGUUGAGGAAGUCCUUGAAAAAGGCCUUUUCGAAUCUGGCUGCAUAUCUCAGGACAAUUAUGGCAAUUUAAGCAAAGUGAAGUGAAGCCGCGCUUCAAGAACAGACAAAGGAGUGCACGCACUUUGCACAGUUGCAGGUCUUCGUAUGUUGUGAGCCCCAAAGCCAGAUAACGAAAUUAUCGAUGAAAUAAAUUCACAUCUUCCAUCUGAUAUUCGAGUUAUCACAAUUAAACUGGUGGCUAACAAAUUCAAUGCCAAGAAUAACACAGAUUACAGAGAAUAUGAAUAUAUUUUCCCUUUUAAAGCCUUAUUCCCAGAUGAAGAAUUUUCUCUGGAUGUAGUCAAAAGAGUCAAUGAAAUGACAGCAAAAAUUCAAGGAACGCACUCAUUCCACAAUUAUUCAAGAGAUAUCGAAAUUAACACACCUCAGGCCAAAAGAUACGUAAUUAAAUUCGAGGCUUCUACAGAGCCUGUUUUAUAUGAAGGAAAACCGUAUUUAAAGUUUACUUUUAUAGGGCAAAGCUUUAUUUAUCAUCAAAUUAGAAAAAUGGUAGGAAUGAUAGCUUCUAUUUUACUAGGGAAGUAUAUGCUGUGCUAGAUUAGAUUCGUGCUAUAAAAUAAGUCUAAGAUUGUUGUUUUAAUUGCAUCAUGUGAAUACCAAAUUUGUUUAUAGCCUUAUAAUAUGGAAGCAAUUGAAGAGUCUUUCAAAAACCCGAAAUUUUAUGUGCCUUUGGCUCCUGCAGAAGGGCUUUAUUUCGUAGCUUCGCACGAUGCCUACUCCACAACGACUAUUUUUUGGCCUAUUUUUCUCUUAAUUAUUUUUGAUCAAUUUUGGUCAAUUUGCUAUGAAAAUAAUUCUAUAUUUGCCAUUUAAGGUGAUUUUCAAUCAAUAUUAGUAUUUUUUUGACAGAAGUUAUAUUAUUAUUUUUUUACAUUAAAAUAAAGGCUAAAAAAUUGUCCAAAACAUAAGACCAAAAAAAAUAGGCUAAAGAAAUAGACCAAAAAUAAACCAAAAAAAUCAGGCGUCGUGCGAAGGUAUUCUUUAUAUAGCAGAGUUCAUUAUUCAAAAUAUAAUAUAAACCAACAAAAAAAAUAGCCAAAACAAAAGACCAAAAAAAUAUGUCAAAAAAUUAGACCAAAAAAAAGUCUUUAUGGUGUAGGCGUCGUAUGAAGGAAUCCUUUAUUUAGCAAGAGUUCAUUAUUCAAAAUAUAAUAGGAAAAUGUCUCACAGACCUAUUAUUAUAACUGAGGAAGAAGAGAAAAAAAUAAAGGAGUUUUUUACCACACAUAUUUUGCCGACGAUAUGCUCUAAAGAUGAAGUUUUCAGAGCAUGGGUUGAUAGAGAGUUUAGAGGUACAGAACAAAAUAUUGCGAAUGAGGAGAACAAAGAAAGUGAAUCUGAGUGUGAGGAUAAUAAAUCUGAUAGCUAA